AGCUAAAUUUAAUUGUUGUUCGUUUAAAGAGUGUUUGAGACGUGGUUCAAACUUUCCACAUCGACUGGAUGAACCUCAACAGUUCUACAGUUUGUUUCUCUAUAAGGCAACAGAAAGAAAACAAACUGUAACUGACAAAAUAACAUUUCCUGGGUCGAACCAACUGUGACACUGAGGUGUGACUGUGUUUGUGCUUUUAUGUGUGAACGUUCAACGUCUUUAGAAAAAGAAGAGUUUAUACAUUUUCUGCUUUAUGCAAACUCAGUCAAAAGCUCAACAAAGUACACAUAUUGUACAACACAGAGUUUUAUCUGUAGUUAAGAGAAACACAAAAUGCAGUUAAGACAUUUUUAUGCAAAUUAAUCACACGGUCUGUGUUUCCUUAGACGCUGCCACUUCCUCAAAGCUUCUUCCUGCCUGAAAGCAGACAGAAGGCUGGACAAGAAUAAAACAGCUCGAUAUCUACCAGGGUCAGUACUGCAGAACUGUUAGAGUACAGUUUAAACUCCUGCUCAGCGUCUCAGUCCUCUCACGAUGUCCUCAGAUAUUUAUGCCAAACCAGAUCUAUCAAAGAAGGUGAGAUACAGCAGAAAGGAGGACGGAGCAGAGUGGGAGCAGAGGGAGGUGGAUAUCUACGAGAGUACAGAUGAGAUGAGAGAUAGUUAUGAUCAUUUUCAGUCGCAGGAAGGAGGACCACAGACUCUGAAUCCUCCUUCAGUCCUGAAGGGCUCUUUCAGAUGUGCUACACUGGGUCUAAGAGUGCUGUGCCUCCUGAUGUUAGCUGGGAUCAUCAUCCUGUCCAUAUGCUAUGCUUUGAACAAGAGUGAAAACAACAAACUUCACUUCAAACACAAUAAACUGAACCACAGUUACAACGAGCUACAGACUGAACAUCAAGAAACAAAACGACUCAACAGUCAGUUACAGGAAGAAGUGAAGAAGCUGAAGGAGAAGAUAGAAGAGAAGUGUCCUGAUCGAUGGAUGAGAUUUGGAAGCAGCUGUUACUUUAAAUCCACUGAGAAUAAAACUUGGUCUGAGAGCAGGAGAGCCUGUCAGGAUAAAGGAGCUGAUCUGGUGAUGAUAAACAGCAAAGAGGAACAGGAAUUUAUCAGUAAAUUUGCAGGAUACUCUUGGAUUGGUCUGAGAGCCAACCAGACAUCAGGAAGAUCUAAAUGGGAAUGGGUGGACGGAUCAGCGCUGACACAAACGUUCUGGGGAACAGGAUGGUCAGAUCCUUAUUCUGGAUACCGUGGAGUCUGCUGUGACGAUGAUGGGAAAUGGAGACGGUCAUAUUAUUCUCAUUCAAUGACCUUCAUCUGUGAGAGAUGAGUUUGGUGCUUUGAUGUAAAUGUUUGAAUAAUCCAACCAAAGACACCUCACUAUGAAAUGUCCUGCAUGAGCCUCAGACUCAGCUUACAGUCUUUACUUGUUCAUUCUGCAUCAUAUAUUGAUUACAUAUAUUGUCCCUCUGUGCUCUGUGCUGUACAGUAAGGUUGGAAGUCAUCCACACAAAACCUUGAAGUACUUCAUUACUCUGUAGUUCCAGCAAAUUGUUCUAAUAAAAGUCAAAGUGCA